GGGGUGCCGAGUAAAUGGGACGAGCCUUGAUCUUCUUGCUGGGAAAGAGCGCAGCUCGCGUGAACCGUGACGGCAUUCGGAGAAUGCGUGCGCCGCGUCUGUUUGUGUCGGGGGCUGUGUCUGCACGGACGUCUUCCAGCCCGUUUGUCGUCAGCGUGUCUUACCAGCGCCCGAGAAGGUCGCCCCGGGGACAGACCGCGGAGCCGGAGAGACCCGUCUCGCCCCGCGGACCGGAAGGAAGCCUGUUGAUGGCUCUUCCGCCGCCGCUGGCCGAGCACAGGUGGUGAGUGGCGGGGAAUCGCUCGCGCGUGAUUCGGAUGCAGCUGAGGAAGAUGCAGACCGUGAAGAAGGAGCAGGCGUCCCUGGACGCCGGGAGCGGCGCGGACAAGAGGACGGUGCUCGGCCCCGCCCUGGCCGACGUCUCCGAGGAGCUGACGGCCGGCGAGGAGCUGCUGCUGGGCGAGGGCAGCGUGGGGAAGAGCAAGUCCUCGGCGUGCCGGCGGAAGCGGGAGUUCAUCCCCGACGACAAGAAGGACGCCAUGUACUGGGAAAAGCGGCGGAAGAACAACGAAGCGGCCAAGCGCUCCCGGGAGAAGCGGCGGCUCAACGACCUGGUCCUGGAGAACAAGCUGAUCGCGCUGGGCGAGGAGAACGCCACCCUGAAGGCCGAGCUGCUCUCCCUCAAGCUCAAGUUUGGCUUGAUCAGCUCUGCGGCGUAUGCCCAGGAGAUCCAGAAACUCAGUCAUUCCACGGCUGUGUACUUUCAAGACUACCAGGCGGCCAAGUCCAGCGCCGGCCCCUUCGCGGACGAGCACGAGCCCGCGAUGGUGACGAGCGGCUGCAUCUCGGUCAUUAAGCACUCCCCGCAGGCCUCCCUGUCCGACGUCUCCGAGGUGUCCUCGCUGGAACACUCGCAGGACGGGGCCGCGCGGGGCGGCUGCGGGAGCCCCGACGGCAAGUUCCAGGCCAUCAAGCAAGAGCCGGUGGAGCUGGAGAGCUACGCCAGGGAGCCUGGCGACGAGCGGGGCGCCUACCGGGCCUCCGUGUACCGGAACCUCAUGGGGACCGCCUUCCCCGGCUACUCCCACUCCCCGCCUCUGCUGCAGGCCGCCCGGUCCUCCAGCAACUCCCCCAGGACGUCGGAGACCGAGGACGGCGCGGUGGGGAAGUCCUCGGAUGGAGAAGACGAGCAGCAGGUCCCCAAGGGCCCCAUCCACUCUCCCGUGGAGCUUCAGCGCGUGCACGCCACCGUGGUGAAAGUUCCGGAAGUGAACUCCUCGGCCUUGCCGCACAAGCUUCGCAUCAAAGCCAAAGCCAUGCAGAUCAAAGUCGAAGCCUUCGAUCACGAGUUUGAGGCCACGCAAAAGCCGUCCUCGCCCGUGGACGGGACGCCGAAGAGGCAUUUCGAACUGGAGAAGCAUAGCGCCCCGAGUAUGGUACACUCUUCCCUCCCCCCUUUCUCAGUGCAGGUGACUAACAUCCAGGAUUGGUCUCUCAAAUCGGAACACUGGCAUCAAAAAGAACUGAACGGCAAAACUCAGAACAGCUUCAAAACGGGAGGUGUAGAAAUGAAGGACGGCGGUUACCAAGUCUCUGACCCGGAGAAUUUGUUUCUGAAGCAGGGGAUGAUAGCAAACUUGUCUGCGGAGGUGGUGUCACUGAAGAGACUCAUAGCCACACACCAGAUCUCCGCCUCGGACUCGGGGUAGACUACUACUGAAACGCUCUAGGUGUUUAGAAAGCCGUCAUUUGCAAUAGAGGAGUGCGUUUUGUAUCAGGCGGGAGUUUCACUGGACCCGCGAUGUCAUUCCACUGUAUGUGUCCACAUGCUGUCUGCUGGGUGUCUUUCUGUGCACAGGUUAUUACGGAGAUGAGAUUGUGUUAUCACUCUGCCUUGUGUAUAGUCAAAUAGUCUGUCGCAAAGGCUGUACAUAUUGAACAUUAUUUUUGUUGUUCUGUUAUAAAGUGUGUCAGUUACCAGUUUCAAUAAAGGAUUGGUGACAAAGACAAA